AUGGAUCAUGCAGACAUACCUCAAUUAACAAUUGAAACCGAUGUGCGCUGUGCAUUACAGGAAGAUAUUGGUGAUGGUGAUGUGACCGCUCAACUUAUUCCAUUAGAACAAAUAUCAAAUGCAACUGUUAUAACUCGUGAACCGAGCAUUAUUUGUGGAAUAUUAUGGUUCGAUGAAGUUUUUCGUCAACUUGAUUCAAGCAAUGUAACUAUUCAAUGGAAUGUACGAGAUGGUGACCGCGUAGAAGCAAAUUAUAUUUUAUGUACAUUAAGAGGACCAUCUCGAAUAUUGCUGACUGGUGAACGAACAGCUCUUAAUUUUCUUCAAUUACUCUCAGGAAUAGCUACUCGAUGUCGUCAUUAUGCUGACUUAGUUCAAGGAACAAAUGUUAAAGUACGCGAUACACGUAAAACAAUACCUGGUUUACGCCUUGCUGAAAAAUAUGCCGUGAAACAAGGUGGCUGUCAUAAUCAUCGUUUUGGACUUUACGAUGCUUUUCUUAUAAAAGAAAAUCAUAUUGCAGCAUGUGAUAAUAGUAUUAAAAAAGUUAUUGAACGUGCACGUGAAAUUGCACCAAAUAAACCCAUUGAAAUAGAAGUUGAGAAUCUUGAUGAAUUACGACAAGCACUUGAUGCUAAUGCUGAUAUGAUUCUAUUAGAUAAUAUGAAUUUAGAUGAAAUGCGUGAAGCAGUUCACAUUAAUAACGGUCGUGCCAAAAUCGAAGCGUCUGGUGGUAUUAAUGAAAUAACACUUCGUGCAGUAGCAGAAACUGGAGUGGAUUAUAUUGCAAUCGGCACCUUGACCAAAGAUGUAAAAGCAAUUGAUUUAUCCAUGCGAUUUCAAUGUCAAUAA